AUGACAAAUACCAAUAACUACGAUGAAGAAAAAGAUGAAGAUGGAGAAAAUGAUGACUUAUUAAAUUAUAUUAUAAAUGGAUUAAUAUUUGAUAUUGAUAAAUUAGAAAAAGAGAUUAUUGAAUUACAAGAAACUAAAACAUCCACAACUCCAGCUUCAACAACACCAACUUCAACAACACCAAGAUCAAAAUCCUCAUCGGACUUACAACAAUCAGAAUCCCACCAACAACAACAACAACAACCACAAAAUAAAUCACAAACACCAAACUAUAAAGAAGAAUUAAAUAAUGUUACAAAUUUAAUAAUACAAGAAUUUGAACAAUCUAAAAUUUCAUCAUUAGCAACCAAUAAUAAUAUUAAUAAUAAUAAGAGGAUAACAAUACCUGAUAAUCAUUCAAAUAAUCCUGAUAAACUAUUAGAAAUUCAAUUAAUUAAUAAAAUAUUUGAUAUAAGUAAAGCAUUUGAUGGUAAAUCAAAUAAUUUAGUCUCCUCUUUUCAAAAUUGUACAAAUAAUAAUAAUAAUAAUAAUAAUAACACUGACAACAACAACAAUAACAAUAUUUCAAAUAAUAAUAAUAAUAACAAUGUUCCGACAUUACAACCACUAUCUUUUAAUAAUAGAAAUAAUUUAGUAAAUGGUAAUAUUAGUAGCAGCAGUAGUAGUAAUAGUAGUAAUAAUAAUAUUGGUAGUAGUAAUAGUAACAAUGUAACAAUAGGUAGUUUAAGGGAUUUGAAUAAAAUUCAACCACAAAGUUUAAAUGAAUUUGGUGAAUGGAAAUCAUUAAUUGAUGAAGAAUUAUCAGAUCUCUAUACAUUGGUUAAAGAAUUAAAACGUAAAAUACCUUCAAAUACUAGAACAACAAGUUCUAAUAAUAUAACUGAUUCUCCUGUGUCUAAAGGUAGAAAUAAAGAUUUAUAUUUGUAUAAUAAUACUUUUACAAACAUUUUACAAUUAAAAAAUGAUUUAGUAUCAAUGAUCCAAAGUCCAAUGUUCAAAGAUAAUGAAUAUAAUAAACAUAAUAUUGGUAGUGAUUCAUAUAGUAGUAAUAAUAAUAGUAAUAAUAAUUUAUCAAAUCUUAAAGAUGAUGGAACCUCAACAAAUACAGCGGGUGGUGGUUCACCAAAUAAAAAGAGUGUAAAACAAUUAGUAUUAUUAUUUUCCCCAUAA